AGUAGAAGUGCUUAAACUCCCAGCCAGCCAGCGAGCCAACCCACGUUUACUGCGGGCGCCGACAACGUUGCGUUGCGCCCAUCGGCCUUCACAUCCUCAUCCUCAUCCUUGCCCGCACCCUCACCCUCACCCUCAUCCUCCUCGUCCUUGUUAUGUUUGCAUGGUUUAUAUCCUUCCCUCUCCACAGGCGCUCUCAGUCUCUCGCCAGCUGCGAGGCGCACUUGUCCGGUUUCGCAUGGCCAUCCGUCGACCUAGUAAACUGCCGUUGAGCUCAGCUGCCGCCGCAGCAUCUCCGUCCACCCCUAUAUAUUGCAGCACUGCACCCCCUUCUGAGGCGCGCACGCGACGGCAACAAAACAGGAAAUACUAAAAAAGACAACAAAGUCAACGACGUCUCUGCGCACUGUCGCCGGCGAAGACCUCUCGUCAAACUUCCUGCAGUGCGCAGCCGAUUUUGCGGCCCGCCCAGAGUGCAGCAUCUCCACUGCGCCGUGUGUCCUGACGAGAUCAUCGCGGCGCUGCACUGGCCACGCCCCCCCUCCUCCCCCCCUCUGGGCCUAUUGCAGGGGCUCGAUUCGUCCGGGAGAUCUUCCAGGCGGCUUCUGUGUCUGGACCAGGGCGCGACAAGGAGAAACACGGGCCACCCCACCAGCCCGCCGCACUUUAAUACCAGAAGAGAAGCAAACGCUUUACCGACCCUAUCUUACCUUACCUACAAGUACUACGCCGUGCAGCACCAACCACCUCCACCGCUCGCCCGCCAGCCCGCCCGCUCGUUCGCUCGCUCGCCCGCCGUUGCCACUGCAUCCUUCCCCUCGACUCGACGGAAAAUCUGCUGGUCGGAUUGCACCACGAAGCAGCAGCGGCGCCGACGAGAGAGCAGCAGCCCGCCCCCUCGAACUCGCCCUCUCCUCUCCUCUCCUCUCCUCUCAUGACGGACACUCGUUCUUCGCCAGGCCCGCCAAUCGCUUGACGCAAUGGGCGACUACCAGCCGGACGAGCCUUCGUCGCCCGUCGCCGCUGUCGGCGCUGCAAAGGCUGCUGCGCGACCGCAGCUCAGGACCGGCUCCAGCAACCCCAACAUGAACGGCCCGCUCUACAUGCAAACGUCGGGCAGCAAUGUCGUCCUCGUACGCAGGCUGAAGCGCAAGGAGGAUGGCACCUGGAAGCACCUUGCGCGGUGGUUCGUCGAGAACCAGAUUGGCCUCUCGUUCAACCUCCUUGCGCUCUUGUUCUUGGCGCAUACCUUCAUUCCGAAAGCGAGAACACACACCCACAAGUUUUUUCACCUUUCGUACUACAGCGACCAGACUGGAAAAUAUGGCAUUGGCUUCGACGAUGCUUAUUUCAUCACCUUUUGCAUCGUGCUCUUCACCGGCCUGCGGGCCGGCAUGAUGGAGUACGUUCUGGCCCCGUUCGCCAGGCUUCAGGGUGUCACCAAGCGAAAGACCUUGACUCGCUUCAGCGAACAGGCCUGGCUGCUGGUUUACUACUGCUUUUUUUGGACACUUGGCGUGUACAUCUACAGCACGUCGCCGCAUUACAUGAACAUGCGAGGACUCUGGACCGACUGGCCGGACCGGGAGAUGGAUGGCCUCAUGAAGGGCUAUGUCCUGGCGCAGUGGGCCUUUUGGCUGCAGCAGAUUAUUGUCAUCAACAUUGAGGAGCGCCGCAAGGACCACUGGCAAAUGUUCAGCCACCACAUCAUCACCACUGCUCUGAUCUCGUCGUGCUACUGCUAUCACUUCACCCGCAUCGGCAACUUCAUUCUGGUCAUCAUGGACGUGGUGGACUUGUUCUUUCCAGUUGCCAAAUGUCUCAAGUACACGGGCCAUAACACGCUUUGUGAUGUCUUCUUUGGUAUCUUCAUGGUCUCGUGGUUCAUUGCCCGCCACGUCUUUUACAUCAUGGGCUGCUGGUCAGUGUACGCUCAUACGCCGAACGUUAUGCCGUAUGGCUGUUUCCGUGGUUCCAACGCCAACCUCAUCGGACCCGAGGACCCCCCUCCUGGUCUGUCGUACCUCAUCGAACCCUUCCUCAGCUCUACCGGCCGUGUAUGCUACAACACCACGGUCAAAUGGGCGUUCCUUGCGCCACUGCUUCUGCUUCAGGUCAUCACUAUUGUGUGGUUCACCAUGAUCGUCCGUGUCGCUGUCAAGGUUAUUCGUGGCGACGGCGCCGAGGACACGCGGAGUGACGACGAGGGAGACGAGGAAGAGGCCGAAGAAGAGGACGAGUUUGUUUACGAGGAGGCUCAACCUCUCGAGGAAGAAGUCGGCGUGGAGGAGCUGGACCUAAAGAAUUGGGAGCGCCGAACCGGGGUUAAGCGCCAGGCUAGCAGCUCUGGGGUCAGCUUGCCGGGCCACAGCGAUCGGAAGGAGCUCCUCGGACGGAUAGGCUGCGAGAAGCAGGUCGACUAAGGCUGAUGAAGCGACGGGUGGCGGUGUUUGGAGGUUUACGUGCAUUAGGUGCUUUGGGUGUUUGGAAGCAGGGACUGGGGGCACCGCUCCCAAUAUUCCCCCCCAUGCUUCGUGCUUUACUUGGGUCAGGCCCCCGCGUGGCAGCCGGGGCUGGCGUGCUUUCGCGGUCUGAGAUUUCCUGACGCAUAGAGGCGAUGCCCCUUAGAGACGAUACGGCCGACUUGAAAGGCUUGUUUGAUUGCUGGCAGUGGGCCGAGAGCGAGCCCAUUUGCUGAGGCGAUCACUGACUGGGUUCUGGCUGGACUGGGUUCAUCAUUGUUAACGAAUAAGCGGCGGCCGAGCCGCUGCUCCUAUGAUUUGAUCGACGAUGC